UCUGUUGAUUGUUGUGCGGUGCCCAUUCAUCCGUUGUCGUAGUCUUUGCUCAGUUUCCCCAUUCUCCAAAUCAUUCCCUAAUCAUGGCUUGCAGUUUCCCCACUCUUGGUUCCCAGCUCCAAGUUUCUGGGUUUCGAACUCUCAGCUUCGCGUACCCAAAGCUUCCCUGCCAUAAAUGCUUCGUUCCCCCUGCUGGUGAUCCUAGUGUAUUACACUCGUAACAUGCUUGUGACUCAUAUUAUUCUUCUCCUGCUGGUGACCCUGGGAUACUGCAUCUCCCGCGGGCAACGCGGGAUUAUUAUCGUCCCUCGGUGUUUCCGGAAGCGGAAGUGUUGCAGCAGGUCGGGUGGCGCGGUGUCACUGAGCAUGCGUUGGAGUGGGUUGUGAACAAGUGAGUUUCGCUGAAAUGUUGGGCCUUUCCCCAGCAUCUGCGAAGAAUCAGCAAGUGACAGUGUGGUUCCCUUAGGGCAGGGGCUUGAUGUUUUGUAUGCAGUAAUUUGUGGAGUUGUGAGAAAUAGUGGAAGUUUCAGAUUGGUUUUGAUAAUGUCACUUUCCUGACAUCCGCUCAAGUGCAACAAUCUCGAAAUGGAAGCCAAAGAAGUGAUUGUGAAAGUGUCUCUGGAAAUGGGAUGCAGUCAGAGACAGGAGCAGAAGGGGACCAGCUGGAAUGGAUGUGUGUUAUAAUGUUGUUGUCGGCAGUUUCUUCAUUUUCCAGGUCCUAUAUCAUAAUGUCACUCCCCAUCUCUCCACUCUGCUCAGCUGUGGAUACAAGAACUUAUCUUGGGAACAAAAAACGGAAUGGAACUCAAGAUGUGUCUCCACGAUUCAUGCUGUUGUGGUCGGAGGACUAGCUUUAUAUAUCCUUUGGUUCGAUGAUCUUGUCAACAAAGACCAUAUCUGGGGGGAUCCCAAACUCGUGAAGCUUAAUAUAGCAAUCGCUUCAGGCUACUUGAUUAAUGAUUUAAUGCUGCUUGUCUGGCACUGGAAGACAUUGGGCGAUAGCUUUUUCCUCAGUCACCAUUUGGCAGCACUCUAUGCGUACCAGUAUGUGCUGGGACGAGGCCUCCUUCCAUAUUUUGCUAAUUUUCGCUUGAUUGCUGAGCUGUCCACACCAUUUGUAAAUCAGCGGUGGUUCUUUGAGGUUCUGCGGUUCCCCAGAAAUGCCCGGUUGGUUGUGUUGAAUGGUGUCGCCAUGACUGUGAGCUUCUUCCUUGUGCGCAUUGCUGUGAUUCCGUCCUACUACCUUCAAAUGGUUUCUACCUUUGGGACAGCAGCCUUCCACCGCCUGGGCCUUGGGCCACAGUGUGCUUGGAUCAUUUCCAGUGUUGUUCUGGAUAUUCUUAACACAGUCUGGAUGUACAAAAUCGCCAAAGGGUGCUGGAAAAUUCUGUUUACAUCCCAGAAGCACCGGAAAGCUGAACUCAGUGAGAGUUUAUAGAGAAGUAGCAGGUUUUCCAGGUUAAGUCCUUUCUGCUGAAACUUUAAUCAAUCAAUCUACAUCAAAUCCGCACUCUUGAAAACUUACAAUUAUGUUUGAAAUUUUUGAAAUAAAUCUGUUAAUGUUUUAUUAUGUAACAUUGCAACUGAGACAUUGAGGAGAUUGAAAAUGGCACAAUUUUGUAAUUAGUCUUAGAUUUGUAUAAACUGAGCUAUGUAAUUUGUUCAGUCAUUGUCAGAAACUAAUCAUCAAUUCUUCGUCUGUCUGUAACAAUAAGGACAAUGCCUCAAGAUUGGAAAGUGCCUAAGAGCCAACCUGGGUCAAGCUCUCCAGUGCUGGCCUAGACAGACAUCUGGAUCAAAAGGUUU